CUUUAAUCUGUCACAUCUGUCCAAUCUGUCAUACUGUUGUCAUAUACUACUUAUGCAUCCGUUUCAAAGGCUUUGUUUGAUAAAAAAACAAAGUUGUAAUUUCUGUAAAGAUUCUGUAAUAAGAUUGGUUCAAUCACAUUUCAAAUCCAGUAGGAAUUAAAGAAAAAUCAACAUUUAACAUUACCAAUUAAUCAUAUCGAUACAUACCGUUUUAUUAUCGUUACCGUUACUUUAAAUCAUCAAAGAUUAUUAUGGAUAAAAACGAUAAAUUACAAAUACUGAAGAAUGCUAUAAAGAGUUAUCCCGAUUUUCCUCAGCCUGGAAUCACUUUCCGAGAUAUAUUUAGUGUGUUUCACAAUAUUACAGCAUUACGAGCAAUGAAAGAUUUAAUUGUGGAGCAUAUUUUAUUUCUAGAAGUUGAUCUAGUUGUAGGAUUGGAUUCACGUGGCUUUCUCUUUGGUCCUAUGAUUUGCAUGGAAUUGGGCAAACCUUUUUUGCCCAUUAGAAAAAAGGGUAAACUUCCAGGCAAGGUUAUCCAGCAGAAAUAUACAUUAGAAUAUGGAGAAGCCACAUUUGAAUUGCAAACAGAAUUCAUCAAAGAAGGAGCUAGAGUGCUAGUUGUUGACGAUUUACUGGCAACUGGAGGUUCCUUGGCUACAGCAGUGAAAUUAUUAAAAUCAGUAGGUACUAAUGUAAUUGAAUGCUUGGUGAUAAUGGAAUUGACUUUGUUAAAAGGUCGAGAUAAGCUGGGCGUUCCGGUUCAUUCUUUUAUACAAUACGAUUGUUAACAGAUAAUUAGUAAAAUUUGUUUUAAAACAAGUACAAAUAUUCAAUCUAUAGAUAACCAAAUGUAAAAUCUUAUACUUGUAACAAUGCAAUAAGAUACAUUGUAUUAUAGUCUUGUCACAUUAAAAUAAUAGAUAUUUUUCUAUACAUAUAUGCACACAUAAUGUGUACAAUUAUAUACAUCAAUGCGUAUACAAUUUUUUUAUAUUUUAUAUAAAAUAAAAAGAUGUAAAGAUAAUGAUUUGUAUAAAAUAUAAAAAUAAUUUUCGAGAAGAAAAAAUAUAAAUCAAAAUGUAAUAAAAGACUCUAACAGAGUUGAAACAUGUAUUCGUUUAAGCGAGAUUAAACCUUAUGUUUUUUCAACAACUUAA